UGUCAUCAAGUAGAGGCAGAGAACAGCAGAGCUUCGGAGCCGUCGGUGUUCCGCUUCUCUGUAUCGUCGGGACUUGCAAAGUGGCCGGGGGGGGGAGACAGGCAGCCAGGCAGCCAGGAAAUAAGUCGUUUUUUCUCCCGAAUAUAUCCCUUGUAAGCUUUUAGGGCCGUGUUGCAACGUUCAGGACAACUUACCGUACAUUGUGUUUUGUAGAUUUUGCGUUUUUUAACCCACCAGCGGUAGCUAGCUUAGCAACCAGCCGCUGAUACUGUCAGACACACAGGUACAGGAUAGGAGAGGAGGGGUUGGUGACAAAGGAAGGUGGCGAGGUAACGAUGAACCGCUUUCGAAAGUGGCUUUAUAAGCCCAAGAGGACGGACCCUCAGCUCCUGGCCCAGUUCUACUACGCUGAUGAAGAGCUGAAUCAGGUAGCCACUGAGCUGGAUGGCCUCGACGGCAGGAAGGACCCUCAGAGAUGUACCCUGUUGGUCAACCAGUUCAGGUCUUGUCAGGACAACGUGUUGAACAUUGUCAAUCAGAUCAUGGAUGAAUGUAUUCCCAACGACCGGGCCAACAGAGACUUCUGUGUCAAGUUCCCUGAGGAGAUUCGCCAUGACAACUUGGCAGGGCAGCUGUGGUUUGGGGCUGAGUGUUUGGCCGCUGGCUCCAUCAUCAUGAACAGGGAGAUAGAGAGUAUAGCAAUGAGGCCCCUGGCUAAGGACCUUACACAUAGCCUGGAGGAGGUACGCAACAUCACCAGAGAUCAGGCCCUGAGAGACCUCAACAUGUACACGGACCGCAUGAAGGACGCAUUGCGACAUUUCGACAGCCUUUUUGCUGAGUUUGAGCUCAGUUAUGUGUCAGCCAUGGUGCCUGUGAAGUCUCCCAAAGAAUACUAUGUACAGCAGGAGGUGAUUGUGCUCUUUUGUGAGACUGUGGAGAGGGCCCUAAAGCUGGGCUAUCUCACACAAGACAUGAUCGAUGACUAUGAACCUGCACUGAUGUUUACAAUUCCCAGACUAGCCAUUGUGUGUGGGCUGGUUGUGUAUUCAGAGGGACCUCUCAACCUAGACCGAAAAUCAGAGGACAUGUCUGAGCUUUUCUGGCCUUUUCGCACUUUAUUGAAGAAAAUCAGAGACCUGCUGCAGACCUUGACUGGGGAGGAGUUGAUGACACUGGAAAGGAAUCUGUGUAUCUCUCAGGAUGGGGAAUUGUCCACAGAUAGCUCACCAGCUCCAGUCCAAGAGAAUCACUCAUUCUGCAGCCCCACUAAUGACACCUCCCAGGGGGAGAGUGAGGGGGAGCAGGAGCUUCUGGCUCCAUUUGUCUGUCCCAACCAGGAUGAGGAGGUGGCAGAAGUGGAAAAGGGCUGGGAGGAGGUGGAAACCGAGAAGGGAAAGGAGGAGCAGGAGCAAGAGCAGGGCCUGCUGUGUGAGGAGGCAGAGGAGGCUGAGUUGGCCUGCUCCAUGCAGUACGAUGAGGAGGAACUCGAGCAGCUCAACAUGAUGGUGUAUCGUGUGGGGGACGAGAUGUCCACCCUUCUGUCGCCUCCCAGCCAGGGUCAGUCCCCAGCACACCAUCCCCACAGGGGAGACGCAGGAGGCUCCAGUGGGGCUUCCAGCACUGAGGCCUCUCCCCGCAGGCUCCUGGUGAGCUGGGGAAGGACAGGCAUCUAUGUAGAGGAGGAGGACAAGGUCUUCUUCAUGGAGGACCUGGACGCAGCAGGAGACAGCAUCACCAGCAUUUCAAGAGAGGCCUGUCGUUGUAUUGCCUCGCCUUCCAAAGCACCAGAGUCUGCUUGUCCCGUGCAGCACAAACUGGGACCACAGCCAGACCCUACCAGGAACGGUUGGUACUCUGGGGCCCAGUCAGAGCAGCCAUGCCCACAGCCACGCAGCCAGAACACACACUGUCCUAAUGCAAAGCGCCCUCCUUACACUUCCGCUCCUGGCUCUGAAUCUCUGCCUUACACCAACGGGUGGGAGAUGGGUUCAGAGGGGACAGCAUCUGAAACGGCUGAGGUCAUCGCCCACCGUAUGGGUGGGAUGAAGCUGUCCGCCACGGUCAUCUUCAACCCUCGCUCCCCCAGCUUGACGGAGCUUGCUGUGGACAAGCUACUACUGCCGCGGCCCGCUCCCUCUGAGAUUGAGACCUGUGGCCCUCUGGUGGCCACUCACUGCCUGCUCAACUCUUGUGUCUGUUGUGGGAGCUGUGAGGAUGGCCACGAGGAUGCCAUCGCCACAGAGACCACUGGACUUGGGUUAGGCCUCGCCCUUGGAUUGGACAAACACUGUAAGACCGCAGCCCCCAGCACUGUCAUCCAGUCUUCUGCUUGCCGGCUGCCCCCACGAGGUCAUGAGCCUCACCGUAAGGGUGAGCUCGCCCAGUUGACUCCCCCUUCUUCCCGCUGCUCAGCAGAGACCCUGGAAGAGGAUUCAAACUCCCAGCUCUGUGAGAAGUGCCUGGUUGUGGCUCUAGGGCAUCAGGCUCAGGACUGUGGCUCCAGUGGAGGGGAUGGACCCUCCCCGUGCAACCACCAGCUGAGGAAUGAAAAGAAACAGCAGGCCGGUGGAGGUCGACAAAGGGACAAGGAGACAGAUAAGGACAAGCCAGUAACUAAAGACUCAAAGAGGGACACCAAAGAGGACAGCAGGAGGAGCUCCAGUUUUCAGAGCUCUCCCCUCAGCUCUGUGUCAGGUAGUGACUGUGAGAGUGUGUCGGUCACCACAUGUAGUCUGUCAAGCAGUGCGUAUACUCCCAGCCCUGUCAGCAGUCUGACCCCCAGCUCAGGGAUGUCAGAAGACCUGGACCAUCAGGAGAUCCAGCUGGCCCUACAAAAUGCCAAGUUGGCUGCCAGGAACAAGAUCCGUUCACGCUUCCACAGCAGCAGCGACCUCAUCCACCGUCUCUUUGUCUGUAUAUCAGGGGUUGCUGAUCAGCUGCAGACCAACUAUGCUAGUGACCUUCGCAGCAUCCUCAAGACUCUGUUUGAAGUCAUGGCAACCAAGUGUGAGGAGGGAGACAACGAUAACCAGAAGAAAGCAGGUCCUGUUCUGCGUAGUGCCGUGCUGGAAGACUGUGCUCUCUGUCAGGAGACCAUUUCUUCAUCAGAAUUGGCAGCCAAGGCCCGGGACGGCCAAUUCGAAGACCCACCAGACUGGGUCCCCGAUGAAGCCUGCAACUCCUGCAUUGCCUGCAAGGCUCCCUUCACUGUCAUCCGCAGGAAGCAUCACUGUAGAAGCUGUGGAAAGAUCUUCUGCUCUCGCUGCUCUUCCCAUUCUGCUCCUUUGCCCCGGUAUGGCCAGGUGAAGCCCGUCAGGGUUUGCACACACUGCUACAUGUUUCAUGUCACGCCCUUCUACAGUGACAAGGCCGGCAUCUAACCCAAGAUUGUCACCGAAAGCACACAGUCUGCCACGACAAGCAUAUGCAACGGACAGAUCCAGGGCUGUGUACAAAGCAAAUACCACACUGCUCUGGUAAACUUAAUGGUCGUCAUCGUACCUGCUAAGUGAGGCUUUAAGAGUGAGGCCAUUACAGAUGACCGAUUAGAGAGACAAGACACACACAGCCACAAGUGAUAAUUCGAUCCGUUUCUGUUGCUUCGGAGAGACUGGCAACCAAAGGGUUUGAUUUCAGUGCCCAGCCAACACACAAAAAUGAUUCACAAAUGCCUGUCUGACUACAGUAUGUGCAAAAGAGAGAGUGGAUAAACAGGCAAUAACAGAUUUUGAACUGGCAUUGUACAACAGUCCUCUGUAGCAGUUUGCAGCACAAAAUCACAACAGGCCACCUUGUUUGUUUUGUUGGCUUUAGGUGUAAAUGAAAGGACUUGUGACAAAUUUUCCUGCUUUAGCGAGCUUCCUACAUUUGUGCCAGGGCUCCUGUGGGACUCGGUUUACUCAAAAGAAUGUAAGUCAUGAUAACCAUGUAAAUAAGGAUGACUCUGAUAAUAGCUACACUACAAUGUCUUCAGUAAACAGUUGCUAUUUAUAUGGGAACUGGAAAGCGAUCUUCACCAUGCUACCAGUCCUAGUAAAGCAAAAAUGAAUUUAUAUUGAGAUUCUUUAAUGCUUUUAAUGGCAAUGAAUGUGUAAUUCUGUAUCACUUUGUAAAAUGGUGUCUAGGUUCCAAGACGUUUGACCUUUCACCUCUUGAUGGCAAUGGGCUGUGCCCAUUGCACCACGGCAUGUUUAGUUUUCUCUGGGGACUCCUCUGCACACUGAGAUGGAUAAAAGGGAUUCUUUAGUCAUCACUGUCAGGUCUUGAAGGCCCCCUAGUGGAGAGUUGACCUCUCUUGCUCAAUGUUCUCAUCACCAUGUUGUGUACAACACCAGAGGCCUUCUCAGGUGCUGGCCUACAGACUACAGGCCGAUUAUUGUCUAUUGAUUUCUCUUCCUCACACUUGUUAUAGUGCAAAAUUGUGACUACUAACUGCAAUGGUCCUGCACAUUUUAGAGACAACACUUGGCUGUUUAAAUUGUAAUUAUUGGCCAUUUCUGAGGAGAUAAGUUGUCCUGAUUUGGGUUUACACUAAAUUAUUUUCAGCUUUGGCUUCGGUGGUACUGUCGGACAGGAACAGAUAUUUUGUUCCCGGACUGACAUCAUUUGCACCUGACUUCCUUUCUGCUCUUGAAUCUUCUUCCAUUGCAAUGACCACAUACAAAGUAUCUUCCAUGCUCAUAAUAUAUCACAGUUUGUACUUUGUACAUCUGAAUUGUCUGAAGUGGCCAGUCUACAAAUUUGGACCUUUAAACAAUAUUGAUGAAAUAUUACAUCCUGUCCAUUCUGCUCUGAUGUAAAGCAGUUUCUCAGGCAUUAAAUUAAACUUUAAAAAGUUAUGUUUUUUUUUUCCUUUUAUAAAUAACAAGAAUAAUGUAUGAAGCUAUAAUUACUUUUAUGUAAAAUACGGUACAAGGAAUCAUGCAGUAAUUAAAGGGCGGGAUAUCCUA